AUGUCUACAGUCGCCGUAACGCGGCGGCUGGAGACCCAGAACGGAGAGACGGAGCGUUUUUCGGCUGUUACCCGCUGCCGCCUCAUUGCGUUCGGCAGCGCGGCGCGAGCCGGGCGUCGUCAAAGGAGACGGUCCCGCCACGCGGACACAGCGCCGCCGCCCCCGGUCCCCUUCCGCUCCGCCCUCGCGCUCACCGCCUACGUCAUCGUCUGUCUGCUCCGCACCGGCUGCUUUCGGGAUGAAAUUAAAUUGCCGCCGCGGGACUAUGAGGGCCCUCCGCUCGCUGCCUUAAUGAGGACCUCGAUGCUGCGCCACGCCUGCCGUGCCUGCGGACGAAGGGUCAUCUUCCUUCGAAACAGACUCAAGUAUGCGCUGACAAACAGUGAAGUGCCAAAGAUAGUUAUGCAGCGGCUAAUAAAAGUCGAUGGAAAAGUCCGUACAGAUCCGAACUACCCAGCAGGACUCACGGAUGUGGUGACAAUCGAAAAGACUCCAGAGAUUUUCCGUGUAAUUUAUGAUGUAAAGGGCCGUUUCACAAUUCACAGUAUAACACCUAAGGAGGCAAAGUAUAAAUUGUGCAAAGUGAAGAGGGUGCAGACUGGUCCUAAAGGUAUCCCAUUCUUGGUGACCCAAGAUGGACGUACCAUCAGGUACCCAGACCCUGUUAUAAAAGUUAAUGACACAGUUCAGCUGGAUAUUGCUUCAGAAAAAAUAAUGGUCUUCAUAAAAUUUGACUCAGGAAAUCUGUGCAUGAUCACUGGAGGCCGUAACUUGGUUCGAGUUGGGACUGUUGUGAACAGGGAACGACAUCCAGAAUCCUUUGACAUUGUGCAUAUAAAGGACGCCAAUGGUCACACUUUCGCUACAAGGUUGAAUAAAGUAUUCAUCAUUGGAAAGGCAACCAAGCCAUAUGUCUCAUUGCCUAGAGGCAAGGGAGUGAAACUGAGUAUUGCAGAAGAACGUGAUAAGAGACUAGCUGCAAAGGCAGCGUCUGGAUAAUGUAAUAGUUCUGUGGAAAAUUCUGUUUAAUUAAUAAA